GGGGUUUAUUGGUUCUUCAAUGGCUUCUACACUGGAGUUUAUCUCUAGGAGAUCUCCCAUUGUGUGCACUGGAGGUUGUGUGGCAUCCAGCCAGCCACUUGCAACAGGCAUUGGCUUAGAUAUCCUGAAGAAAGGUGGCAAUGCGGCUGAUGCAGCGGUGGCUGUAGCUGCUGCCCUCAAUGUCACUGAACCCACCAGCACAGGUAUUGGCGGGGACUGUUUCUGUCUAUUUUACAAAGCAGAAGACAAAAAGGUCUAUGGCCUUAAUGGAAGUGGCAGAUGUUCAAGGGCAUUGAGUCUGCAAGUACUAAAACAACAAGGUUUCGAUGAGGAAAACCCUGUCCCUCCCACACAUGUUCACAAUGUCACAGUGCCAGGUGCUGCGGCUGCCUGGGUCGAUACUAUUGACCUCUUUGGCAGCAAGAAGCUGACCCUGGCAGACAUCCUACAGCCGGCCACUGAACUAGCGGAAUCUGGUUUUCCAGUGUCUGAGGUUUCUGCUUUUCUAUGGAACGCCACAGCCAACAAGCUCCAGACUCCAAACAACAAAUAUGGUACAGAACUGCUGUUCAAUGGACAAGCUCCACGCCAUGGGCAGCUCUUCAGAAACCCCUCACUGGCAAACACAUUCAAGGUCUUAUCUGAAUUAGGCAAGAAAGGGUUCUAUGAAGGAAGGAUUGCACAAGCCAUCGUAGAAGUGGUGCAGAGCAAUGGUGGUGUAUUGGACCUUGAUGACUUGUCAAGUCACCUAACUGAAAAAGUACAACCAAUCUGCACUACAUACAAGGGAAUAAAAAUUUGGGAAAUACCACCAAACAGUCAAGGAAUCACUGUUCUCAUGGCUCUGAAUAUACUAGAAAACUUCCACAUCAAAGAGAUGGGUCAUAACAGUGCUGACUACCUCCAUAUAACCUGUGAAGCUCUUAAACUAAGUGUCUGCGACUGUCAGUGGUACUGUGCUGACCCUGCAGUGUUUCCAGUUCCCACUGAAGAGCUCAUUAAUAAAGUAUAUGCUGCAAGACAAACCAGCCGUAUUAAUUCACAGAGAGUUUCAGAAGCAAAUAUCCAUGGGAGCCCUUUUAACACAGGAAGUGACACAGUAUACUUCACUGUAGUGGAUGCACACGGGAAUGCUUGCUCAUUUAUCAACAGCAAUUACCAGGACUUCGGUACUGGACUUGUUCCAGAAGGCUGUGGGUUUACCUUACAGAACCGAGGGAAAAAUUUCUCCCUUUCCCCUGGACACCCAAAUUGCCUCUCACCUGGAAAACGUCCCUUCCAUACAAUUAUACCAGCACUAGCCACCACUGCAGACACCGAAGACUUGUUGUGUACAUUUGGUGUGAUGGGGGGCUUCAUGCAACCACAAGGCCAUGUGCAGGUUCUUUUAAACAUGGCAGAAUUUGGAAUGAAUCCACAACUGGCUCUUGAUGCGCCUCGAUUUUAUGUUGAGUAUAAUAACAAAGAUCAGAAAUGGCACCUGUACCUUGAGGAUGGGAUUGCCAGUGAUGUAGUAGAAGACCUGAAGGCAAGAGGCCAUGAGGUGCACUGGCCCAUUACUAGCCAUGACAGGAAACUGUUUGGACGUGGACAAAUUAUAAGUAAUGGAGAGUGGUGGAAAACAGCUCACAUCCCCAUUAACAAUAGCAGGGUGUGGUGGGCUGGAUCUGAUCCCAGGGCAGAUGGCUGUGCAAUGGGCUACUGUGUAGUGUAGGCGCUCAACUGUAGUGUUAAAUGGUUUUUGACAGAAGGAACUCAAAAUAUUUGCAUAUGA